AUGUAAAGGGUGAAAAGAGAUGAACAAGCUAAAGAAGUUAUAAAUGUACUCCUAGCAGAAGAUGCUCCCAUCUAAAGUCUUAAUUGCAAUUUAUCUAAUAGGAAUAGCAUUAAUUGAUUUAUUACAAUUAUGUAAUUAUCAAGUAGUUGCAUGUGAAACUGGUAUUUAAGCAAGGGAUGAACUUCUGAAAACAGAAAAUGAAUUUGAUUUGAUAUUGUUGGAUUUGGGUCUUCCCGAAAUGACCGGUUUAGAACUUUUGUAAAUUAUUAAAGCGUAAAUUUUUUUAUGAGAAUCAAGUAUUGACAAAUUGAAGGACGUUCCAGUCAUAAUGAUGAGUGGUGAUGAUGAGACAGAAACAGUGGCUGCUUGUUUAAAUGCAGGAGCAGAAGAUUAUAUGGUCAAACCUGUUAAUUUUAAAAAACUUUAAGGGCUUUAAACCUUCGUAAAAAAAAAGCCCAAGUAACGAAAUGUAUAAAAAUUAUAUACACUUUUCUUAGAACAACCAAAACGAAAAAGGAUACUAUACAAUUGUUAGAAAUAUAGGCAAAGGAGCUUCUGGUUCUGUUGAAUUAGUAAGAAAAAGUACUGAUUAAGAAUUAUAUGCCAUGAAAGUAAAAUUUCAAUGAAUUUAGGUCAUUCCAACCUUUUUCAUGAAUGAAUAAGAAAGAAAAAAUGCUGAAAAUGAAGUGAGUUUGCUAAGAGUCCUAACUGCUCCAACAAUUAUUAAAUAUUAUGAAAGCUUUACUGAAAAUGAAUCUUUAAAUAUAAUCAUGGAAUAUGCUGAAGGAGGAUCUCUUACUGAAAAAAUAUCUGAAUAUUCAAGAUAUGGAAGUUAAGUGCCCAAAGAUUAAGUAUUAGCGUGGAUGGCAUAAUUAGUAAUAGCAAUUCACUUUAUGCAUUCUAAGAAUAUUCUUCAUAGAGAUAUCAAAACUCAGAAUAUGUUUUUGAAUAAAGGUUUAAAUUAACUUAUAUCUUCUUAGAAUAAGUUAUUAAAUUGGGAGACUUUGGUAUUUCUAAGGCAUUAGGAACCCAUGCCAAUUUUGCAUAAACCUUCUUAGGAACUCCUUAUUUUAUGUCACCUGAAGUCAUUAGAGGUGAACCUUAUGGGAAAAAAUCUGAUAUAUGGGCCUUAGGUUGCGCCUUGUAUGAAUUGGUUAUGUUAAAACGACCCUUUUAACAUGAUAACAUUUAAAUUAUUUUUGAAAUGAUACAGAAUAAGCCUUACGAUAUGGAUCCAUCAGUUGACUUAGAUCUUCAAUAACUAAUAGAAAAAACAUUAUAGAAGGAUCCUAAUAAUAGGCCUACUGUUGAAGACUUAGCAGCAAUCCCCUGUAUUGAAGAAAAAAUUAAUUAAUUUUAUAAGGAUCAUCCGAAUGAGAGUACUUUAUUUUCGAUUUUUCAUAGCUAAUCUAAUAUCGGUCAAAAGAUUGCAAUUAGGCCCUUAAUUAUAACCUGAAACAACAGAAUAAGUUUAAGAUGAAAAUUAUGUUGCUAUUUCAGCUGAUAUGAUAGAGAAAAUUUAAUUAAGAAAAAUAGUAUAUGGAUUCGUCAAUUAAAUGUAAUUAUAAUCUUUCUAAGCUUAGUGAAUAUAUAGGUGUUUUAGGUCAAGAUAUUUUAAAUUAUCUUUAAAAAGCCUGCAAAAAUUAGUUAGAAAUUUAAUAAGUUAGUUAAUAGUUAUUAGAAUCUUAACUUAUAAUACCCUUAGAAUCACAAAAGGAUUUAACACCUAACUCAUAUUAUUCUUUCCCAAUUUUCCUUUAAUUUAUAGCUGCCAAUAAUUAUUAAAAAUAUACUGGAAGUUCUAUAGAUUUAAUGGAAAUUUCAGAAAAACUAAUCAAAAAAUUCAGAGAAUUCCAAAAGAAAUUUGUAGAUAAGAAUACCAUAAAGGAGGACAUUUUAGAAUAAGGGUUUAAGGAGUACUUUCAGUUAAUUCAAGAAACAACUUAAUUAUAAAAAUCAACAAUUAUUGAUUACUCUUAAGAAAAGCAAUUAGCAGCCUAUGUUAAUAUAUUUUAAAUAAUGAGAUUUCAUCAGUAAUACUUAUUAUUUAUAUGUUUAGAUCAUUAAAUUAAUAUUAUGUUAAUAAACUCCAAUAAAAAGGAGUAAUAGAAGAACCUAAAUCAAUCAUAAAAACCAUUAUAGGUUCUAUUUUACCUCCACAUCCCAAAAUAGUAGAUUUUGCUUAUUCAAUAAACAAAUUAAUUACUACUUUACCUUAAAUAAAACAUGGAAUAUUGAGAAGAAAUAAACCUGCUCCAAAUUUUCAUCCAUUGCCAAAUAAUGAUCCAAGAAUCCUCACUGUUGAUACUAGGGGAGUGAUCUUCAUUUUUACUGAAGAAUACUAAGAUGCGAAUGUUAAUUUAAUUACUGAACUACAAUUCUUAGAUGAAAAAUCAGUUUAAUAGUUUAUUCAAAAUCAUAUUAAAUAAUUUAUAUUGCGAAAUGUCUGCCUUGACAUUAUUGAAUAAGAAAUUAUAAUACAUCCUUUAUGUUAAAGUAUUAAGACUAAAAUAAUUUUUAGCCUAUCUAAGUGACUUUGUUUCUGAAAAGUAAUUGUUUGAAUGGUUACUCGACAGAAUGGAUGAUGGAUACAAUAAGGGAAAACUCUUACAUUAGUAUGAUUAGUAGGAUUUUUAUAUAAGAUUCAAGAAUCCUAACGAGUAGAAAAAAUAACCAAAAAAUUGA